UCAAAUUUCACUGAAUAUAAUCAAGAUUUCAACUUUAAAUCAUCAAAACCUAAAUACAAAUAGAAGACAAAGAGUCCCCCAUUCAUGCUUUCUUCCCGUCCAAAAUUCUCUCCAUCUCUCUCUUCUGAAUCCUUCAUUCAAUGCGAAUUCAUGAAAUCAUCUUCCUUUCUUUAUUAGUAUCUACAUAGGAUCAUCGCGCUCUCCAUUUACUGGAUUUGGGUUUUGAGUUUCCAACACAGAAACCCACAAAGGUGCUACAGUUUUGUGGAAAUUCGACUAUGGAAGAGCCAUGCGAAAUUCAUUCGGAAGACAACAAAUCUCUUCCAGACAAAGACAAAAACAAGAGAAAACUGAAGACUCCAUACCAAGUCGAGUCAUUAGAGAAAUUCUAUAGUGAGCAUAAAUACCCAACUGAACAAAUGAAAGCUCAAAUGGCGGAGACAAUCGGGUUGACUGAAAAGCAAGUUUCUGGGUGGUUCUGCCACAGAAGAUUGAAAGACAAGAGAUUAUCUGUUGGUGAAACAUAUGAUAACUUGAGACAAGAUCGUUCAAGUGGUGUCAUACAGGAUCGUGGCAGUGGUCAUAGGCAGGAUUCAUGCGGAAGUAGACAAGAAGGGGAUAAUAAUAGGCAUUUUGAUUUGAAGGAGGUUGAAAGCAAAAGAUUUUCAGUUGCUGACUGCAUUCCGAAACAUAUGAUUGACAAUGAAGAAGACGAUACUGACAUGGAUGAUGACACAUCUUCUGGAGGCAGCAUGCCUCUACAGCAUAGAUAUUUACCUAACAAUCCGAAACCAUUGUCUAGUAUGGAAGCUUCGAGAUAUAUAAGACAUAGUAAGAAUGUUGUUCCUGGAGAUUCGAUGAAGAUGAAAGUGAACAGGCCAUCUGGAUACCUUAAAAUGAAGGUUCCUGUUGAGAAUCCUGCUAUUACUGCUGUUAAGAGGCAACUGGAUAGACAAUAUCGUGCAGAUGGUCCACCGCUUGGAGUUGACUUUGACUCACUUCCUCCUGGUGCAUUUGAGUCCUCAACUUUGAAUACUGCUAAUGAAUAUGAUGAACCCGAAGAUCAGUUGACGCCCAAAACUGAAUAUCUUGAAACUAACAAACAACCUGAGUCUGGCAUGAGGCAUGAAACGUACAAUUGCAAGAUGAACUUUCAGAACAUGGAAUUAGACAGGACGAGACCCAAAUUCAUACAGGGGUCUGAUUAUGAGGAUUGUUAUAAUUCCUCCAAAUCAGCCAAGCCAAAAAAUCUUUCUCAUAACAUCAGUUCCUUCUCUGGCAAGAGCUCAUCUUCACAGGGGGUUGAAGCUUAUUAUUCUGGAGACAUAUCUCCUUAUGAAGAUAGAAAUCCAGACAGAAUGAGGAUCCAAAUUCAUAAAGAAAGGAGAAUGAAUUCUUUACCAGACAACUAUGUUCAUCCUUAUAACGAGAAAAUGGUGUAUGCAAAGACUGAACCUUCAUUCAGUCAAAAGGAUGGUCCAAACCCUAAACGACCUUUUAUCCCAACAAAUGGUGUUCCACUUGGCAUGGAGGAUAGAAAGGCUUCUAGAAAGAUGAAUAAGGCAAUCAAACGAGACCAUGAUGACCAUCCGCAGCAUCAGAGGAAAGCAUCAUCAUCAUCAAAGACACCAGCUUGGAUUAGUAUGCCAAAAAGAUCUGCAGCUGAUCAGGUGCCAUCUAGUUUCAGCGAGGAUGAAACUGCAUUGACGAGUUCAUCAUGAGAAUGAAAAAAUCAGUUGCUGAUGGAGAAUUGGAAACGGCAGGUCCUGUACAGUUUUGGAACCAUGCAGUUUUACUCAAUUAUGUUUUUGUGGCUUUGACUUUCUAUACGCCUACAUGUGGAUUGCCAUGACUGGGAUCUGUAUAAACUUUCUAGAUCGAGUACUGCAUUUAUCUGUUGUAACUUUAGCAACAUGGAUUAAUAUGCUGUUGAUUGUUUUAAAUGCCAAGUUAUUAGCUAUUUAAAGAAUGUCGGCUUACAUUUUUCUUU